AUGAAUCUCUCGCUUUCUUCUUCCUCCCCACCUUCAAAUCCUGCCGUUUCUACAUCUUCUUCUUCCUCUUCCUCCUCGUCGUCGGCGACCACUUCAUGGAUCUCUGUCAUUAUUCGCGGCCGUUUCGAUAGUUCAGCCAGCAUGAAAACAUCGGCGAACUCUGCCUCCGUCUCUCCUGCCGAGGAUUCCCCUGGUCCUGUCGUGAAAAAGAACAAUUUCCAUGGCUUGCUCUUCAAGUAUGGUCCCAAGCCGAUUCAGGUUGCAUUUAAGACGGGGGAUUACAAACAGCAAGUCAUAUUUAUUGGUGGAUUGAGUGAUGGCUUUAUGGCAACAGAAUAUUUGGAACCUCUUGCAAUUGCUUUGGAUAAAGAAGAAUGGUCCCUUGUUCAGAUACUUCUGUCAUCAUCGUAUAAUGGAUAUGGUACCUCCAGCUUGCAACAAGAUGCUAAGGAGCUUGAUCAGCUAGUAAGUUAUCUGAUUAAUAAAGAAGACUCUGAGGGGGUUGUGUUACUUGGACAUAGUACUGGCUGUCAGGAUAUAGUCCAUUAUAUUGGUACAAAUGCAGCUUGCUCUCGAGCAGUUCGUGGCGCCAUUUUCCAGGCUCCAGUUAGUGGUCGAGAGUAUAGAGCAACUCUUCCUGAAACAGCAGCCAUGAUUGACUUGGCUUCAACUAUGAUAAGCGAAGGUAGAGGAUCAUAUCUUAUGCCAAGAGAGGCAAGCCCAUCUUCUCCAAUAACUGCUAACAGGUAUUAUUCCAUUUGCUCGUACAUGGGGGAUGAUGACAUGUUCAGCUCUGACCUUAGCGAUGAGCAGCUGAAAAUGAAACUUGGGCACAUGGCUAAUACUCCAUGCCAGGUUAUCUUUUCGAUGCGAGACGAAUACGUGCCAGAAUAUGUGGAUAAGAAAGCAUUGGUUGCUAGAGUGUGCAAAGCAAUGGGAGGUGCAGAGAAAAUUGAAAUUGAGCAUGCCAAUCAUUCUCUCUCCAACAGAGUUGAUGAAGCAGUGGAGGUCAUGGUCGACUUUGUCCGGAGGGAGGGCCCUAAGGGCUGGGAUGAUCCAUGGCAUUAGGAAUUCAACAUUCAUCCCUAUUUUUUUUUUUUUAGAUUAUUUUAUAGUUAUUUAUAUAAUCAAAUAGAUUACAAAGGUUUUAUAUGAUACGUAACCGUCUAAACCUAUCACUAGUAGAUAUUGUCUGUUUUGGCC